UUCACCAAGUCUCUUCCUCAACAGAGCUUCUACAACUUGCGAUACAAACUCGGUGUUGAGUUUCCACCCACCUCGAGUUUGAGCGGGGGUAUUAGACCCAACGGGCCAGAUAGAAAGAAUACAUUGGGCUCUCCUCACAACAAGCCCAUUACACAUCUGGCUUCAUCAACGGUCACCAAAACUACAAGACAAGACAAAGCUAUCAGUCAAAACAAACGUACGGCACAGCCAGCUACUCACCUUUCUUUGCGCAACCGAUUUGAUGCUCUUCAAGGUGAAAGUGAGUGAGCUGUCAAGACAGCUGUGACGUAUCCAGAUUGUUCUUUUCAUUUGUAUAAAACCUAAGCUAAGGCUAGAGUUGUAAUCAAGUUUUCAGAUGAAUAAACUUCAGUAAAAUUCAGAUAAAUCAAACACCUUUCUCUCAAGUUCUCUGCCUACCUUUAAUAUAUUCUUGUGACAAGAAAAAAAAACAAUUUCUUAUUUCGAGCAGCUGGCUGUUUUUAACUGUUUUCUUAAGGCAAAUCCGCUUUAUCAUUAAGAAAAAAAAGAUAGUAUAAUUUGGUAUAGUGGUCAUACCGGUGGGGGCCUUCAGCCGUGUGCGCUUUUACUAGUGGGGUUUAAGGGGUGCGGUGCUCACCUGGAUAGAUAAUAAUAAAAGUUAUUUUAUGUGAAUCCCUUAAUUAUUAAAAGUUAUAAGUGAGGAUUUGUGUAAUCUUUAAUAGAAGAAGUAUGUGAUUUGCGCAGAAUCAAUUUCUGUUGAAUCAUUUCCUAUGGAGUAACAAUUGAUUCCUUGCUUUAACAGAGAGAUUUUUUUCUUAUAAUGGAACAAAUAUAUCAUAUUACCCAAAUAUUAGUAAAUAGAUACAUAAAUUGUUUUAUUUGAUUAUACAUAUAUAGCGGUUCGUAUCGUUUAAAAAAAAAUAUUAGUUAACAGAUAAUAAUUUUCUUAAAAUUUCAUUCUACAUUCAAUUAGUAAAAAACAAUCGACUGAUUGAGUAUGUAAUGGUUAUUAUCAUUUAUCACCUCCUCUUUACUCACCUCUAUUUGCUACAUAAGAAUUUAGCAGUAAGCUUAAUCUAGGCCCAAUAAAGGCCUAUUGGGCUACAUUAACCGUUGAGCAAAAAUGUUUGUCUGUAGAGUAUGACUAGUGUAAAAGAAAUGUGAAGGCAAAACCAAAUAGUACAUUAACAACAACAAAAAAAGAAAUGCACCAGCCGGGAAUCGAACCCGGGUCUGUACCGUGGCAGGGUACUAUUCUACCACUAGACCACUGGUGCUUGUUGUAUUCUUUAACACGACAAAGAAUUAUGUUUUCAUAUAUUUGUUCACCUAUUUUGAGUGGAUUUAGUGAAAGUGGAACAAGUGGAGCGAGAAGAUGGAGAAAAUGGUUGAUCUCUUCCUCAUAGUCUGAUAGAUUCAGCAGUUGAUAUAGUAGCUUUAGGACUCAACCGUGAAACCCAGUUGCCAAAAAGGGUGUGUCAUGUGUGAUAUGAAUCUUGUAGUUUGCUUUUCUACUUUAGCCCUAGUGAUUUUGUUACUGUUGUCAUCUACAACAAUUUGAUUGUUGUGAGUUUUUUUCAAGUGUGACUAUAGUGGUGGCGUGUCUGAUGAGAAAGCACGGCAUGGGUUUCUCUAAAGCUAUGGAGCUUGUAAAGAGUCAGCUACCUCAAGCAUCACCUAACUUUUGGUUUCAUUUCUCAGCUCCAGCAAUUUGAAAAAUCUAUCAAAAGUAUAUAUAUGAUUCUUUCUUUCAGUAUAACAACGGUGAUUAAGGCUGAACUAUCAACUCGUAUUGUAUUUGAUACAAUCUAUUCUCUUUUUUGGUUACACGCAGUACAUGAUGAGGAUCCAGCUGAUAAAAAGAUAGUGGCAUGAACUCUCAAGGGUAAUACGAAGAAGUCUCAAGAUGUUUCGUGCUGUGAAGGAUUUUUCUUGUGAAAAUUUUGAUAGUGAGCUCUUUGCCAUGUCCAUUUGCCUAUUGAAAUUAAUGAAAACGCAGAAUUUACAUUUCUUCUGUUACUACAAUUAAUAUUUUCGUAGAGGAUGAUUUUUUUUUUUGCUAAUAGAGGAUGAAUUCACUUAACCAAGACUAAAUCAGAUUGAAUUGUUUUUUUUUUACCCUUGCGUAGUUGCAACAAAUGUGAACGUCAUUAGAUUGUCAGUACACUGUAUAGAUAGAUAGUUGCAUAUAAGCAUUAUGUUAAUGCAUAAAUAAUAUGUUUUCUCAAGAAAGUUGGAAAAACAAUAAUAAUUACUACUAGUAAUCAGAAUUUCAUAAUAAGUUACCGUACCUUAACGAAGUUGUUAGUUUUAAUUUGUCAAAUAGAAUUCAUACAACCAAAUUCUAUAUACUUUUGUGGAUAAGAUAUUAAGUGUAUACUUGCUCUUGUGUCAACACAUAUUGAUCGAGCGUGAGUUUUCUUAUUGGAAUUUUAUUUUAUUUUUUUCUUCUCGAUCAGUAUUUUAUAGCGUGAUAGGCCAUGGAAAUAUUGAAUAGCGAAGGUGGAGUUAAAUGGGGCAUGCACCUUUGCAUGUCUUAUAGCAUAACAUUGGCAGCUACAAACAUAUGUCACCAACAUUUUCUUUCCAGCUUCCACAUUUUUGGGACUUCAUUAGGAUAGAAGUUCAAAAAAAAUCUUACAUAUUCGCAUUUGUUAGUUUAACAAUAAGCUAAACUAUGUGUUAUUCCAGUGGAUUUGUUGCAUAGAGAAAAUUGUGUGUCACUCUAGCAACUUCACUUUGUUAUAUCUCUCCCUUUCUCUUGUUAGCUUGUUCCCUUUCUCCCUUCCCAACCUUUUGCUUUAGGUUACAAACUUAAGAUCGUAUAAAAAUGAAGUUUGGAACAUGCAUUUGAGAAUUUUAGAUAUUGUUAGCUUUUACUAAUUAAAUAGAACCCAAAAUUUUACAAUACCUCUUUUAUUAAAAACAUACUAGUUUUGGGAGGAAUCUUAAUGAGCCGUCCAUGUCGUUGGAGACUCAUGAAAGAAACUUAAACAACUUAAGUUUGCUACAAAGGUAUAUCAUCUUUCUUGUAAAGUCUAUUAAUUAAUUCAUGCAAAGUGAUCCAUAUCAAAAAAACAAUAGCAUCCAAGACCGAAGACCGUUACACGGUGAACCACAUGGUGACGCCCUGGCAGCGUCCUUGCUCACUUCGGUCUCUAGUCUGGACCACCUCGGUGGAACCAGGAUACUCGGUUAGCAAAAAAAAAAAAAAAAAAAAAAACAAUAGCAUGGGGUUUCGAUCGUAAAGUAAAACUAUGGAUAAUCAUGGAGAAUAAAAAAACACUCUGGCUAAUAAUUUUGUUAUAUUAAAGAAGGGCCUUCGAUAUUAGUUUUUUUUUGGGUAAGGAAUCUCGGUAAUUAAGAACUAAAGGAGGCACAACGGUAGAAACUAGAAGUAAAAGAAGGUGGUUCAAAGGCAUGCAAUCUAAAUGAAAAUACGAUAUAAAAUCAUAAAAGACCUCACGCAGUGAAUGUAAAUGUAAAUGUAUCCAACUUCACAAACGUGACGUAUCUUUGUGUAUGCAUACCUUUCUCUACUGUAUAUACAUAUUGUUGAUAGUAAUAAGAAAGAGAGAAAGUUAAUAUGAGACAAAAGAAUGUCACGAGAUAGCGACAUAGUGCAUUUAUGAACCCUUGAAAAAAAAGAACUCUAACCCUAACUAUCUCUUGUUGUUACGGCUGUAUAAAUACCACGUUGUUUUGAAGAAUGUGUCAAAAAAGAAAGUGAAAGGUGAUCAUCUUCAUCCUAUAGAUAGGAACCUCGAAGAGAUAUAUUUGACAAUUUAAUCAACGAUCAUGUCUCACAUCGCUGUUGAGAGGAAUCGAAGAAGGCAAAUGAAUGAGCAUCUUAAAUCCCUUCGUUCUUUGACUCCUUGUUUCUAUAUCAAAAGGGGAGAUCAAGCUUCGAUAAUCGGAGGAGUGGUAGAGUUCAUCAAAGAGCUUCAGCAACUGGUGCAAGUUCUCGAGUCUAAGAAACGUCGAAAGACACUAAACCGGCCUUCUUUUCCUUACGAUCACCAAACACUCGAGCCAUCCAUAUUAGCCGCAGCCGCCACCACCACCAACACAACCACUAGAGUGCCGUUUAGUCGAAUCGAGAAUGUAAUGACCACAAGCACAUUCAAGGAAGUGGGAGCAUGUUGCAAUUCCCCUCAUGCUAACGUCGAAGCCAAGAUCUCAGGCUCUAACGUUGUACUGAGAGUUGUCUCUAGGCGAAUUGAGGGGCAGCUGGUGAGGAUCAUAUCUGUCUUGGAGAAACUAUCUCUUCAGGUUCUUCAUCUCAACAUUAGCAGCAUGGAGGAGACUGUGUUGUACUUCUUUGUUGUUAAGAUAGGACUGGAGUGUCACUUAAGCUUGGAGGAUCUAACCCUUGAGGUUCAGAAAAGCUUUGUGCCUGAAGUCAUCGUUCCUACCAACUAAAACCAAAAGUAUACACGUACUAGCGUCAUCGCAUGUACGGGUUACAUGAGCAUACUCGACACCUUGCUAGAAACAAGCCCAAAUAAACUUAAUUAUUAUGUGACUUGUAUUACUUAUGUUUUACUUUUAGUUUUUUUUUGUAUCCCAACUCGAUCAAAGUUGUAAUUUUCCAUAAUAAUAAUCCGAGAUUAUGCUCUAACUA